GCCAGCCCCGCGGGCGGGGGCGGGGGCGGAGGCGGCGCUGGCUGCUGUUGCCGCCUUUGUCAUAUCGCUGCUGCCUGCAGGAGCCUCGCCAUGCCCGGUCCGGAGAGGGGAGAUGCCCCCGCUGUUGACAUUGUGGACAUAUAUGAAUCUAUACGUGAAAGACAGCGUCAUGACAGCGAAAGGUCUACGUGUAGUACCUUAGAGCAGAAUGACAUAGAAGCAGUCCAGGCGCUUGUUUGUAUGAGUUCGUGGGGUCAAAGAUCACAGAAAGGUGACCUAUUAAAGAUAAGGCCACUUACGCCCAUCUCAGAUUCAGGUGACUUCACAAUGCAUGCAGAAGCUGCCUCUGAAUUACCAAAGGAUUAUCAUUUUUUGUCUACACUGUGUAUGACCCCACCCCAGAGCCCUGAUUUUGUUGAGCCAUCGACUACGAUGCUCCUUUCUUCACAAGUCACUUAUUCCAAACCAAGGACUGUCAUGGCAAAUACAUCUGUUUGCGUAGUCACCUCUACAAACUGUACAUCUGCCAUAGCCAAACCAUCUGUCAUAAACAUGGAGAGACAGUCCAGUCGGAAGUCAGCAAUAUCUGAGCCACCUGCCCCUCAGCCUUGCAGGGCCAUGGCAACCAGUGUGAUACGUCAUACAGGCGAUAGUUCUGCUUAUCCCCACAUUCCUGCUGUGCAAGUUAAAACAAAGGUAACUUCAGGCAAUUGCAGCAGUUCCCCAGACUGGUGUGAAGCACUAGACCGAAGACAUUCCAGAGUUUCAGAGGACAUGGAUACUGCUGAUGGUUUAAUUAGUGAUACUUCACCAGUACAUCAGCCUUAUUUGCACAACUCCACUUGCAACACUACCAAUAAAGGGCAACAGCCUAUACGGCCUGUUUCACCACGGAUUUGUUUACCAAAGAACUGUGACAACUACCCACAGAAAAAAGCCACCCAGCUGCUGCAUACCCCUGUUUCAAACCCUCAAGUCAUCUGCCAAAUGAUCCCUUUUAAUAGGCAAAGAGAGAUGAUUUCUGCCUUUAUAAAACCCCGUACACAGACAGUCGCAACUACUGUCCAACCUAUUUUACCCCAAACAGCCCCAGUUUCUCAGCCUGUUCUCAUGGGAUCUUCUGUGCCUCAUGGGACUGUUAUGUUGGUUCUUCCACAGACUGCUGUUGCACAGACACCACAGUGCCAACAAACUGUAAUGACUGUUGGAAAUACCAAGUUAUUGCCUCUUGCUCCUGCACCAGUUUUUAUUGCUUCUGGUCAAAGCUGUGCACCUCAAAUGGACUUCUCAAGAAGGAGAAAUUACAUUUGCAACUUCCCAGGCUGUAGGAAAACUUACUUCAAAAGUUCCCACCUCAAAGCCCAUCUUCGUACUCACACUGGAGAAAAACCUUUCAGCUGUAACUGGGAAGGCUGUGACAAAAAGUUUGCCCGCUCAGAUGAACUUUCUCGACACCGAAGAACUCAUACCGGAGAGAAGAAGUUUGCUUGUCCUGUAUGUGACCGUCGUUUCAUGCGCAGCGAUCACUUGACAAAACAUGCUCGUCGUCAUAUGACUACAAAGAAAAUACCCAGUUGGCAGACACAGGUUGACAAACUGAACAGAAUUGCUACAGCAGAGAAACCUAAAAGUGAUGGUGCACUGAACAUGCUCAUACCCAUACCAACCUCUGCCUAAGUGGGCUAGUUGGACAAAAAAUCUCCUCUCAGAACUUUCUAAAAGUCAGGAAGAGCAACAAUGGUUAAAACCGAAUUGAUGAUGAUUCCUUAAUUUCUGUUCAUAUUUCCCUCUUUAAUAGUGCGAGGGAAAAAGGUAUGUAAUUAUUUUAUUCAGUUUAGGCUCUGUCCUGAUGAUAUCAUAUGAGAACUCAGUUGUGUCUCUCUCUUUUUUUGGUUCCUCUCUUUCUCAACAUUUGGGCAUCACUGGCACUUCAGGAGAGCAGAACUCUUUGGAAACAAUUUGGGUACUAUAUAAAAGCAAAACUCAUUUGAGUAACAGUUGCUGUUCAUAUUUUGUUACAAAGUAUAACAAGUGAUUUUAAUGUUUUAUAUACUAGUAUUUUCUAUACAAAAUAUAUUUUGUAUUUGUUCAGCUAGGGCUUGGCCUGCUGUCAUUGAAACUACUUGCAUAAGUAAAAGUGUGCAAAAUCUGACCCUUUGUUUGGAAACUGCUUUUCACUAAACCUCAAGAAACUUAAUUAAAACAUUUUAUAAGCAUA